CAUCUUCAAAUCUUUAUCUCAAACUCUCGGUUCAUUCAGUCCGCAAUUGCUUCGCCAAAUAAAACCUUAGAUUUUCUUUUCUUCUUUGUCGGUUAUCCUAAUUAUCGCCAUGGGUGGAGGAGCAGCCGUGAGAGCCGCAGCCAAGGUCGCCGGUAUCGGCGUCGUCAGUAGCGGCAUCCGAGGCGGGUUCUCCGCUGUACCAUCUCCAGCUGAACAGUCUGUGCGCAAUGUUUCACGGCCUGUAUCGGCGAUUAUAUCUUCUUCGCAGGGCAGGAUCGAAGGCGGCUUUGAACUUUCCGGAGUCCAGAAGCCCGCGUGGGAGCUGGAAGAUUGGGAAUUGGCUGGUGGCGAGGAGGAACUGUUGAUUGAAUCCAGUGAGCCGAUGCCAAGAGUUGUAUUCGGAGCCCCGCCGAGUCUGAAUGAGGCGAAAGCGGCAACUGCUGAUUUGAAGGAUGCUCUGGAAAAAGUUUAUCUGUCAUCACCUGCUCACUCAGGAGCUGGUGGUUCAUUCGGAAGUAGUCGUCUGUCUGGCCUAAGUUUGGUUACAAACUCUGAUGAUUUGGAUACUAAACGCUGCAUCGCUGAUGAUCUGAGAGCAAAUUCUGCUCCAAAAUGUGCUGUAACAGCGUUUAAAUUGCUCAAUGAAAGUCCUGAAGCACAGACUGUUGUUGCUUCAAUUGCUUCAGAUCCAAAUGUCUGGGAUGCUGUUUGGAAAAAUGUGGCUCUUCAGGAAUUCCUCCAGUCCCAGAAGACCAAUGCUGAGUUACAGGAUCCCGGGUCUCCUAGAGCUUUUACUGAGUUAUCUGAUGAUUCAAGUGAAACUGAAAAGUCUGAAAACAAGCCCAUUGAUAUAUUUGAGAACAUCAAGCAGACUGUGGCUGAGAUGGUGAACAGUGUCUCUUCAAUGAUACAGCAAAUUUUUGGAUUUGCAACUGCAGAGAACACUUCUUCCGCUGCUGACGAAGAUUCUCAACCAACUUUCUUUGACAAGACUCUGGGAGCAUCCUUCAUGGCAUUGGCAGUAAUGGUCAUCGCUGUUGUGGUGCUGAAGAGAGGUUAGCGUUCAUGCAUUGGAAGCCAAACUGUGAUUUGCCGAAUAUAUAGAUUGAAGACUUCUAGUGAUGCCAUAUUACUAUAGUAGCUUAUCCUUAAUCAAAAGAGCGGUUAGCUUUCUAUAAAUAUGUUUUUUAAGCUUAAAUGAUCUAUUUUAGAUAUGCUGCUUAAAAUCUUUGAAGAGAAUACUUAAAGGUGUUGGUUACUGGAAUUCAAUUUUCCUAUGGAAAAUUACUUUUCUAGGAAAGUAGAAUUCUAUGAAAGUAUUAUAGAAAAAGUGAAUUAUCGUGUUUAGAUGAUGAUGAAAGCUUCCCAGAGAAGUAGCAAUAUUGUAAUAACACGCGUUAUUAAUUUAAAAUGUCUUACUUUCUCGACA